UACUAACUCAUUCCCUUGUUUUCUUCAAAAAGAGUGAAGUGAUGGAGCAGGCACACUCAGUUUUAGAUACUGAUGCUGACAAGUCUGAGCCCGUGAUGCUGAAGGAAGGUGAAAUCAAAGCCAUUUUGCCAAGCAAGCCGUUCUUUAUAUCAAGCCAAAACUCCGAGUCAAUUAAUAUUUCUGCCAAAUUUUAUGAAUUCCAAAAAUCUGCCAUUACAUUGGCCAAUGAGUCUGGUUUGAUUCUGGAGACGCAUCCACAUCAUGUUCUAGCACUUUCGUCAGUUCUUUUGAUCAAACCCAGUCAACAUCAUACGGAUCUUCUUAAGUUUUUUAAGAUCGAAGAAUUGAAAUUGCUGAGAAAUAAUGUUCUUUCUAAAUUGGCUGGUAAAGAUUAUGAAGAUAUUGAAUUUAAUCAAGAUAUUUUCAUACAAGUCCGUAAAAUCAUUAAGGGAUUCUUGAAAUCCAGCGGCGACAGCAUUACCUCAACAAAAGAACUCGCAUUAUUACUUGAUACAAACCAUACAUUCGAAUCUAAAAUACUAUUAAGCUUAAUUAUGUAUAUGAACAGCCUCCCUGAGGUUAAGUUUAUCGAGCCGUUAGGCGAAAUAGAGGUUUGUAUAAACCUACUGCACCCGCUACUUUCCCCAUUGUUUUAUGAUAAAGAUAAUUCCUUCCUUCGCUGGUGCAAUAAGAUCACUGAAGAAGCCAAAGAAAGCAGAACAAACGUCAAUAAGUCUCGCCGUCCAGAUGCCAUCAUCUCGACCAUAUUGCAAAAUCAUGUUGGAUGUAACAAAGGGUUCGGUGAGGUUAAGGUCAUUGAAGGCCUAAAAAAUAAGUACGGUCUCGUGAAAGAUCUUGUUCGCCUAUCUACCUUCUCAAAAGAAUCAAUUGAUUUGAAUAACAUGAAAUGCAACAUAUCCUUCCAAGCUAUUGGGGGCCAUAUUUUUUUUUAUGCUCAUACACUUUUGGCUGAUGGUCUGUAUGCUAUGGUAGAAUUGUGUGAUGUGGUUGCUCCUUCCUGUUCAAGUGAUUUGUUAUCAUUCUUAUCUGAACUUGAUAAGCUUAAGCUGGUUUACAACAUCUUCGUCUCAUCCUGUAAGCAGUUGGAUACAGUGGAAACAUCGUGGAAAAGACACACACUUGAUUCACCAACAUUUUCACAGUAUGUCUCAAAGGACAGCGGAAAACAACCCAGCCAUUUAUCAUUUGAUUAAACGUGAUUUUUUUUUCUAUGCCUACUUUCAAAAACUAUCCUUAUCGCUAAAAAAAAAAAAAACCUUUGUUUUUUGCUUGCUUCCUACUGCUACAGCUAUCUUGUUUUGAAUAGGGAUGGUGGACAUUACUUUGACAGCAAAUAAAUGAAAAGAAAAAAAUCGCAGUGCCACAAAGCAACCCCCCCCAAAAAAAGAAAAAAUAGUCUCCGCGGCCAGAUUAUAUAUUUUUUGUUC